UACGAUAAUGAGAACAUGGGGAAAUAUAUUUAAUUUUCUUACAUUUUCCAUUUUCAAUCUUAAUGUUCCCAAACAGAAGUAAUUUUGUGUAGGAUUUAAUUUAUUUCUUUAUUUUGGAGACAUGCUUGACAGGCUUUGUGAGAUUCAUCCGAAUCUUCUUGAUGUUGACAGCAGCAGCUGGAUUACAUCUGCCAGCUGUUGUCGGACCAAUCCGGAGCGUUUUCAUCACUCGUCUCCAGUGUCGGCAUUGGUUCUCCUCAAACCCGAAUCCAAACGAACACCAGCACACAAACAUGUCUGUCUAGAGCCCCGACACCGAUAUUUAUCCGUCCAGUAAUGUUGGGUUUAGGAUGAUAUGGGUUCGGCGGAGGAUGUGACAUCUGUCCGCGGGUAUCAUGAGGAUAUUAACGGCGUCCGGGCUGUUUCUGGCCUUCUGUUCCAUCGGGCUCUUGAUUAUGGCCAUCAGCACUGACUACUGGUAUGUGACAGAUGCGCGGAAACACAGGGACCGAUGCAAGAAAUACGCCAGUAAGAGAAACGACCCGGGAUACAUCUACAUCUCAAAUUUAAACCUCCCUCUCCGGAUGCGACCGAAAGGAGCCGAUGUGAUACAGCUGGAGCCCGCAGCUCUUCUGCAGGAAUCCCUCAAGCCCGAGCCCGUCAUGGAGUCGCGCUGCAGCCGCCACUACAACUCAACCAAAACCGGACUGUGGAGGAGAUGCCAUCGAGAAGGCUUCGACCUGGAGAAUGAAGAUCUGAUAUUUAAAGGUUUGCUUCAGCGCUGUACACCAGUGAAGUAUUACUACUCCUCGGCCAGUAUCCCACGAAAUCUGCCUUUGAACAUCACCAAGACUAUACGACAAGACGAGUGGCACUCUCUCCAUCUGCAGCGGAUGACGGCAGGUUUUAUAGGUAUGACUGUUGCUAUCGUUUUGUUUGGCUGGAUCAUCGGUGUGUUGGGCUGCUGGAAAAACAACGAGCUCAUGCAGUAUGUGGCUGGACUGCUCUUCCUUAUGGGAGGUACCUGCUGUAUCAUAUCUCUGUGCACAUGUGUGGCUGGUAUUAAUUUUGAGCUGUCGCGGUACCCACGCUAUCUGUACGGCCUGCCAGAGGACAUCAGUCACGGCUACGGCUGGUCCAUGUUCAGCGCGUGGGGUGGUCUGGGUCUGACGCUGCUGGCUGGGUUUCUGUGCACGCUAGCACCCUCUCUCCAAAGUCCUCAGAUCACUUCCACCAUCACAGUACACAAACCGCUACAAGAGAACGGCAUAGUGUGACACCAUACCCUUACACACUCCUGCGAGAAUGCAUAUUAGCAAUGACUAAAUCAUACCGAUGUAGACAAGUGUCUUUACAUGUCAGAAUAAAUUACAAAUAAAUCAUUACAAAUGCAACAGACAUUGUGCAGAUACACUUCAAGACCUUCACUAUGGCAAAACAUAAUAAGAUUUACAAGGACUGAACACUGUGAAAAUAAAUAACGAAGUGAUCCAGAGUGCAUCUGGUGUUGAGGAGAACCAUGCACAGCAAGGCAUCAUUUUCUUAAUUAGUAUUUUCAGAUUUGUUUCUAGUAAAAAUUCCUCAAAGGUAUACUUCAUCUAAAAAUGAAAAGUUUGUAUGACUUUCUUUUAUCCACAGCACACUACAGAGCCCCUUAGAGGACAGGGAGGGAAUUUAUUUUCUGAAUUAGUUUUUAUGAGUUCCCUCAAAAAAAAACAAUUGUUGCCAAUAAUUAUUGCGUUUGCUCACAAUAUGUUUUGUGUUGCCUUGCAAUAGUUUUACGCUCUCUUGCAGUAAGUUUUGUGUUCCCUCACAAAUAGUUUUAUGUUCCCUCAUGAUUGUUUUGCUUUUGAUCUCACUUGUUUCUUUGUUUGUGGCCUUGGAAUGUUUUGAAUGGCCCUGAUCUUUUCAACUUGUGGGUUAAUCUGUCCAUGACCAAGUUGGUAUCCCAAAUACUUCACCUCUGUUUGUACCCACAAGCAUUUAGUUCCUGAAGCCUUCGUAAAACAUCACUAAGAUGACCCAGAUGUUCUUGCCAGGUUCCACUAUAUAUCACCACAUAGUCUAAAUAUGCUGCUGCAUAUUGUUCACACCCAGCAAGGACACUAUCCAUAAGACUUUGGAAUGUUGCCGGUGCUCCGUGUAAACGAAAAGGCAUCACAUUAUACUGAUAUAUAUCCCUGUUGGGGCACGAAAAGCAGUGUAGGGCUUGCAAGAAGGGUCCAGUGGCACUUGCCAAUGCCCUUUACAUAGAUCUAAGGUGGUCAUGUAAUGCACUUUUCCAAGCCUUUCAAACAGCUCGUCUAUGCAGAGCAUUGGAUAAGAUUCAAAGCAGGAUACGCUGUUCAGUUUUCUAAAAUCGGUGCAGAACCUAAGUCCACAAUCCUUCUUAGGGACCAGAAGUAUGGGACUUGACCACUCACUUUGGGAUGGUUCUAUGAUUCCCAUUUCCUACAUCAGCUCAAUCUCGGUCUUCAGUUUCUCUACUAUCUUCGCAGGAACUCGAUAAGGCUUCUGCCAAAUUGGAGAUGUAUCUUUCAGGAUGAUAUUUUGUGUGAUGACUUUGGUACAUCCUGGUCUUUCCUGGAAGAGAUAAGAAAAAUAUUGGUGUACCUUCGCUAAUUGUUGUUGGUCACUCAAGUGUGAAUGAAGGCACAGAACCUCCCUUGAUGGUCGAAUUGGUUCCAUCUCUGCUUCAUCUUCUUCAUGCGCUACCUCCCGCACCAUCAUCACCAUUUGAUCCUUAGGAUCAGGCACACUCUCCUUAAACUCCCUCAACAGGUUGACAUGAAGGAUCUGUUUAGGAAGUUUUCUUUCAGGACACAAGUCUCAUAUGUUACAGCGCCCAGUUAUCUGGUAACAACAUACAACAUUAACCUUGCCACUUGGUCAAUAAUUUACAGUUACCUGAAGGUAACAGUAAAAUGACUUUCCAGGUUUUAUGUCCCUUUCCCUGGUAUAUGUAUCGUAAUAUACCUUCUGUUUCUUUUGGGCAGAGUGUACAUUUUCCUUGGCCAUAGUCCUAAAUUUCUUUUCCCUCAUCUGCGAGAUGUAAGAAACGAUACUGUUCCUCUGCCGUCCAUCCCUCUUUGAGCAGCACCAGGGGGGCUUGAACAUGCCUGCCAUACAAAAGCUCAAAAGGAAAGAAACCAGUUGAACAUUGGGGAACCUCUCUGUAUGCAAACAGAAGAAAAGGAAUCCAUUUAUCCCAAUCUUUACCUGUCUCAUCUACAAACUUUUUGUACCAUUAAUACACUCAACUAAACAGUUUGAGGGUGAAAUGGUGUCGUUCGGAUACCCAAAUACCCAGUUGGUUGUACAGUGACUUCAUCAAAUUAGCCAUAAAAAUGUGUUCCUUGGUCAGUGAUAAUCUCAGAAGGAUUCCAACCCUUGAGAUCAAGUCAAUCAAGCAUUUCACAAUAUGCUUAACCUGGAUGGAAUGCAAAGGGUACACCUCAGGAUAUCUAGUGGCAUAGUCGCAAAUUACCAGAGCAAAUUUGUUACCUGAACUACUCUUCACUAAGGUGACUACUAUGUCCAUACCUAUCUGUUCAAAUGGAGUACCAAUGAUAGGUAAAGGUUGCAGAUAAAUUUGUUUGCUUUAUGGACAGGAGCUACCAUCUGGCAGAACAGGUCUUACAGCAUUCUUGUAUGUCCUGAUACAAUUUAGGCCAGUAGAAUUGUUUACGGAUUCGCUCAUAGGUUUUCUGCUGACCUAAAUGUCCUGACCAGGGAAUAGUAUGACCCAGAUGUAAAAUAAUUGUAUGAAGUUCACUAUGAAUGACCAAUCUGGGACUCUGGGAAAUUUUGGCUCUCCCACAAGUUUAUCCUCUACCUCACAUAUUUUUUGAAACAAAGACUAAAAUUGUCAGGGACCCGCAAGUGAGAUUCUUUCAAAUCAGAUUCAGGGCCUGGGAGACUUGGAAAGAUCUCCUGGGCCUUAACUUCCCCCCUAUGUUUUUCUUUACACCGUUGUCUUUUCCUCCUUUUAACCUUCCCACCAGUAUCAAACAAAUCUGUGUGAGCCUUCAGAUGGGGUUGUAGACCUUUGAUCUGAGAUCGGGUAAUGGUUCAUGUUCUCAGUGCGAGAACAUAGCCAUGGCAUCUUUGCGGUCACAGCUUUCUUUCCUCAUGAGAUAAAGCCACUUCAGCUGUGCCCCGCACCGCGCCUCCUUCCUACGGGAUUGGGGCUGGCGCGGCUGGCGAUGAAGGUGAUUUGGGGCGUACAGUGGGCUCGGUUUCACCAGGUAAAUCCCCACGAACCACCCGCCCCCCAGCAUGCUCAUUUGCUUCCGUUCGGGCUCGAGGUGAGAGCGGCUCGCCUUACGGCCAGUCUGUUUACUCCCUCAGACCCCGCGAGCUGGAUGAUGAUUUCGCUGCUGCAUCGGAGAGCGUCACAGCGGCGUCUGAUGCUGAUGACUCGACUGGGCUGCCACCUCCGGGUCUGCUCGUCCAGUCUGAGCCUGAUGCGCAGAUGACCGCUAUGCUUGCCCGGACCACCGUGAGUGCGGGGCGGGACUGGAACGCCGUCCCACCCCUCAAGACUAGACGAUUGGUUCCCCGGGUCAGGGUGCCACUCACAGCCAUAAUGCUUGUAAUCAGUUUUGUGUUCCCUUGCAAUAGGUUCCAUAUCAGUCCCUUACUAAAAUUAACCAUGGAUUUACUACAGUUACAAUAAUUAAACUAUGGUAUUUGUUGAAAAACCAUAACCACGAAUUGGAGCAUGGUUUAACUAACCAUAUUUAAACCAUUUUAUUUGUGGUAAAACCAUAGUAAUGAUGCAGGAAAACCAAAACUAUGGAAAUAAAAAUAAAAAUAAUUCUGCCAAUAAACAUGUUUAGUUUUACUAUACCAUGGUUAAUUUGUGGUACAUGUACCAUUGUUUUUAAAACCAUUUUAAAAAUGGUUACAAGUCAAGUUUGCUUAAAUUUUACUACAGUGAAACCAUGAUUCAUUUUUGUAAGAGCAUGUUUUAAAACAGUAUUACUUGUACCAAAAAAUAAAUAUGGUGUUGUUAUGGUAAAAAUGUUUUUUUUGGGCAGAAUGAUUAUGAUUUUUAUUACUAUAGUUUUGAUUUUGCAGUAUUAUUACUAUGGUUUUAUUUCAAAUAUCCUGGUUAAAAUAUGGUUACUGUCGUUAAACGAUGGUACAUUUUGUGGUUACUACGAAUUUACUGCAAAUACCAUAGUUCAGCCAUACGUACUUGUAAUACUACAUAAAGGAUCGAUAAAGCUUUUGCAAGGGAAAGCACAUUUUAUUGUGAGGGAAAACAAAACUAAUACGAGGGCAAUGCAAAACAAUUUCAGAACUUAUAUUCCCUCCCUGUCCUCUAAGCAGCUCCUUAGCAAAUAAAAGGAGCAUAUUCAAGAUAUAGUCUCUCAAAGCAAGUCUUAAUCUCUUAAUAUCUUACACAAUUUUGAUUCUUAAGUGUUCUGUACUGUAGCUUAACUAGUACAGAAUUGCGCUAUAGCUUCAUAAAAGUCACUUUGGAUAAAAAUGUCUACCAAAAGUAAAAUAGAUUUUUGUUUAGAUAUUUUACUGUAAAACAGGACCAAAAUAUUGAUUAAGAAAAUUAUGUUUGCAAUGAAAGCACAAAAGCAGACAGACAGACAGCUGAGAUUUUUAUUGAAUAUUAAUGGUGUUUCUGAUGGUGCUCUCACUCUGUCUUUUGCCUGUCAUUUAGUUUGUGUGUUUUCCUAUCUGUCUCUGUGUUACUGAUCGAUUGUCUCUUGCUCUACCUCUCUCCAUCCUACUCUCCCUUGUUUCUGUCUCACAACAGAUUGAAAAGUGCAAUCGUCUCUGAGAAUGUCAGAUUCAUCUUUUGUUCAGUGAUCUGUUCUGUGUUUUGGACUUGCCUGCUGCAUAGAAACGAGAAAAACAAAUUAAGGCACAAAAAAUAAACCCUAUUAUUUUCAGUGACUUCCUAUAUAUAUGUUCAUUUUAAUUUUAUGUAUUUUUUUUUUACAAUAAAACUAAAGAUGUCCUACAGCACAAGCAAAGUGAAUUUUUGAGGCAAUAUGUGAAAAUGAUCCAACCUCAUUAUCGAGGAGUCUUUUGAAAUCCAGUGUUAUGAAAUAUUAGAAAGAAAAUGGUUUGUUUAAUAAGGUUUAUGAAAAUAUUUUGUAAUAAAAUGAUCCUGAGUCAUCUCUUGUG